CUCCACUUCACUACUCCCACCACACCGCAAACCAUGGACAUGCUUGAAGCAAAUAUAGUGCAGGUGCAUGUGCACAUCGAGCGGCAUUUAAUGCAGGAUUUGCCAGAAACGAGCAGUGGAAUAGCACAGUGGUGCAGAGAUAUAUUUGUGGCAAAGGAUGCUUUAUUGGAGCUACAUCUUGCGAAAGGCAAAUUCAGUGACAAAGAAUACCACGACAUUGGCAGACCAAAAAAAUCUUUGUUUGUCAUUAUAUCUUGGUCAUGUCUCCUCAUCUUUGCCACGGUCAAAUUUUUCGAAUGGUUCCCAUUUUCCGUGGGAGAAAUUGCAUUUUGUACAGUUUUCAUGGCACUUGUUAUGAUCCUUAUGCAGAUCCUCAUUCUUUUUUCCCAGUCAGAACGUUCUACACCAUCCAAAGUAUUCCCACCCGAUGCAUUGAAGGAGAACCUUCUUCAGACAUGAGCCAAUAUAAACUGCAUUAACUUGUAUCUACCCCGCACGUAUUAGCGAUUCCUUUCAACAUCAUCCAUGGUUUCAACAUCAUCCAUGCAUUAACUUCGUUAGAAAAUCACUAAAUCUGCCUAUAUUCGGUUUAAAACUCGUUAAACUAUUCUAAGAGUUGGUACUGGAAUGCAUCUUUUCUGUUGUGUAUCAGUAGAUGAUUCCAACAUAUGUAGUAUAUUCAAUGUGUGAAAUACAUACAGUUUGUAUCUAUUUUAUGACAUCAGCUACAGUUUGUUUACAGAAUUGUUGAGUAAGGUUUUUUAUUUCAUGCUUUGAGAAGAGACUACAUAUUUCAUAGUGGAGUUAUGCAGGACUACUGUUUGCCAGAGUAGCUAAAUUCUACAGCUAACUGUAUGUUUUGCCUUCUUAUUGUGCCAUCGACUCCAAUUGCAUGCAGAUCUAUCCUAAUUAUAAAGUUCUUUU